CUCCGCCGCGCCGCUUCUCUGGCAGAGCGCGCCACUCCAUCGCCGAGGUAGGACGUGCACCAGAGCGGUGCCGAGCUGAGUCCAGCCGGAGCCGUGCCAAGCCAAGGCCAGCCCUGCCCCGCGGCUCCGCGACUCAGGCAUCCUCCGCUUUCUCCACUUCCCACACCGAUCGCACUCCCCGCGCCCGCACAGCAGUCCCCGCCGCGCCGGCACCCUCGGGCGCUGGAGAGCCAACAUGCCCAUCACUCGGAUGCGCAUGAGACCCUGGCUAGAGAUGCAGAUUAAUUCCAACCAAAUCCCAGGGCUGGUCUGGAUUAAUAAAGAGGAGAUGAUCUUCCAGAUCCCGUGGAAGCAUGCUGCCAAGCAUGGCUGGGACAUCAACAAGGAUGCCUGUCUGUUCAGGAGCUGGGCCAUUCACACAGGCCGAUACAAAGCAGGGGAAAAGGAGACGGAUCCCAAGACAUGGAAAGCCAACUUCCGCUGUGCCAUGAACUCGCUGCCAGACAUUGAGGAGGUGAAGGACCAGAGCAGGAACAAGGGCAGCUCAGCUGUGCGGGUGUACCGGAUGCUCCCACCCCUCACCAAGAACCAGAGGAAAGAGAGAAAGUCCAAGUCUAGCCAAGAUGCUAAGAGCAAGGCCAAGAGGAAGUCAUGUGGGGAUUCCAGCCCCGAUACCUUCUCCGAUGGACUCAGCAGCUCCACCCUGCCUGAUGACCACAGCAGCUACACAGCUCAGGGCUACUUGGGGCAGGACUUGGAGGUGGAACGGGCCCUCACUCCAGCGCUCUCACCGUGUGCUGUCAGUAGCACUCUCCCUGACUGGCGCAUCCCAGUGGAAAUCUUGCCUGACAGCACCAGUGAUCUGUACAACUUCCAGGUGUCGCCCAUGCCCUCCACCUCUGAAGCUGCAACAGAUGAGGACGAGGAGGGGAAACUACCUGAGGACAUCAUGAAGCUCCUGGAGCAGUCAGAGUGGCAGCCGACAAGUGUGGAUGGGAAGGGGUACCUGCUCAAUGAGCCUGGGGUCCAGCCCACCUCUGUCUAUGGAGAUUUCAGCUGCAAGGAAGAGCCCGAAGUUGACAGUGCUGGGGGGGAUGCUGGGCUGAACAUACACCGCGUCUUCACAGAUCUGAAGAACAUGGACUCCAGCUGGUUGGAUAGCCUGCUGACCCCAGUCAGGAUGCCCUCUAUCCAGGCCAUUCCUUGUGCACCGUAACUGGACUGCUGACCGCCUUUUGCUCCCCUGAACAAGCAGGACCUUGUAUCAUGGUGGCUCUGGUACAGAGAAGCAGGACUCUUAUAGGCCCCGUUGACACGGCAAAGUGCGACCCCACUGCCUAGUGGGGAUGGGUUCUCCUUCCUUGGGUUAGCAGGCUUCUCAGGGCCUGGCAGGCCAGGGCCUGGGCUCACCUUUGGGGUAAAGCUGGACCUGCCUCCCAGGAAGUUGGGGUUCUGAAAUUGGUGUGUCAAAUGGAGGGCUCAGACAGGAGUCAGCCUCUAGCUUUUCCCUCUGAGCCCAGCUGCCUAGAUAGGGUCUCUCUGUCACUGAGCUGGCCUGAGGAGCACAGACCAGUGACCUCAGAAAAGUAUAGCACCAACCCCAGGGCUGGUUCUGCACUAAGAGACAAUUGCACUAAGUGACUCCUGUUCCCAAAGACCCGCCUCCCUUCCCAGCUGAGCCCUGGGGACUGUUCCAAAGCCAGUGAAAUGUGAAGGAAAAAUGGAGUCCUUCUGGAUAGUGCUCCUCAGCCUGAGAGGAGCUAUGCCCUGCUCCCUCCACAGGCUGAGGGGCUUGGGAAAAAAACAUGGCACUUUUUCUUGUGGACUUUGCCACAGUUCUGAUCAGAGGUGUACACUAAUGUUUCCCUCAAGCUGAAAGCCUUUGCAUUUAUUUAUACAGUGCCUUGCCCUGCACUCACCCCACCCCCUCAGGCCCCACAGCCCUCAGCAGGCCCAGGGAGGGAAGUGUGAGUGCCUUGGUGUGACUUACAAUUGGAAACGCCAUCUAACCACUAAGUCGUGUGACCACAUGUACACGUGUGUAAAUAUGUACAUUUGUCUUUUUAUAAAAAGUUUAAUUGUU